AUGGGGACGCAGGACCAGGACAUGUCAGCACAAGAAGCCAUCAGGACAUGUCAGAGGACGCUGCCACCAGAACGCGCGUUACGACAAAAGGCGGAUCCGGUGACACCCAGCGUGGCGCCACGUGACCCCGCGGUGACACCGCCCAUGCCCGCCCCUUGCCCUGUCCCCAGGAGCAGUUCCAUGGCGGUGGCCAUGGCACUAGGUUCCCUGGGCGCGGUGGCCCUGGGCACCUUUGUGGUGGCCCUGCUGCUGUGGUGGCUCUGGGAUGCGCUGGUGGCUGUCACCCGAUUCCGGGCCACUUGUCACCAGCUGAACAAGUUCCCCAUCCCAUCCUGUUGCAACUGGUUGCUGGGACACAACAGCAUGGGCCAGAGCACGGAGGAAGCCCUACAGCAGGUGGACACCUUGGUGGCCCAGUACCCUCAUGGCUGCCUCUGGGGGGGACUUCCCUGGCUGCUGUCCUGCGCCUCUUCCACCCCAGCACCCUCCAGCCACUCCUCAGUGCCUCAGGACGAGAACGGCCACACCCUGUCGGACGAGAACAUCGCGGCUGAGGCUGACACCUUCAUGUUUGAGGGUCAUGACACCACGGCCAGUGGCCUGGCAUGGCUCUUCUACAACCUGGCUGGCCACCCUGAGCACCAGGAGCGAUGCCGCCAGGAGGUCCAGGAGCUCCUGGCUGGCCGGGACACUGCGGACAUUGAAUGGGAGGACCUGUCCCAGCUGCCCUUCACCACCAUGUGCAUCAAGAACAGCCUGCGGCUGCACCCUCCUGUCACUGCUGUGUCCCAGUGCUGCACCGAGGACAUACCCCUGCGUGAUGGCCGUGUCACCCCAAGGGUAUGGCAUGGCCAAGGGGUCAUCUGCCCGAUGAGCGUCUACGGGACCCACCACAACCCAGACCUCUGGCCUGAGCCUGAGGUGUUCAACCCCCUGAGGUUCAGCCCAGAGAACACCAAGGGACAGUGCCUGUUGUCCAUCAUCCCCUUCUCUGCUGGCCCCAGGAACUGCAUCGGGCAGAGCUUUGCCAUGGCUGAGAUGAAGGUGGCAGUGGCACUGACACUGUCCCGGUUUGUGCUGUGGAGGGACACGGCGAGGCCACCCCCGCGCCGCAAGCCCGAGCUGAUCCUGCAUGCUGAGGACGGGCUCUGGCUGCUGCUGGAACCACUGUCAAUCACCAUUUGGCUGUGA